AUGGCAGAAAUCAGUGGUGGGAAUAAAAUUAAAGAGGGGAUUAAAUCUUCGGAAGAACAGCCACAGGCCAAAACCGACUGCGGUAAGGUCCGAUCAAAGGAGCAUGAAGAAGCUCUGGAUAAGAAAAUUGCAGAAAUCAGGAAGAAGAACCAGCUGAUCGAAAAAAGAAAAGAGGUGUUGUCUGAAAAAAUCGAAAAAUUCAUGUCCGAAUAA